CAGACUCUGGUCCAGAGUUUGUGGACUACGACGAUAUCAGACACGGGGGGAAAUUUACCAAAGACAGUCCCUUUGUAGCCUUACAACCUCCAGUGUCAGCAAUGACUUGAGUCUGAAGAGACUGCACAGGAUUGAAAUAUUGGAAGCUAUCCUCAGAGCGAUGGAAAAAGGAUGUUUAUUAGAUCAGACAAGGCAUAUGAUCUGGAUAAGCAAUACGUUUAACUUGAUGCUGUUCCCACCCCAGGCUCACCAGCAGCUCCCUCGCCACCUGCUGCACAUGAGAGGCCACCCGGGGAUGCCCAGUGCCCUUCCGGCCUCAGCCAUGGCUCAGUGUUGCACUGUCCCCCGGCAGUGCUAACGAUACUAGCGGCCAUUUCACAAGGCCUCCCCAGCAGAACCAGGCUCCCGGGCCACAGGCCCCAUAGCCCAACAAUGUGUGCGAGAGAAUCAUGGACCGCCUCAGCGUCAUGUUCCCUCACUAUAGCAGGCUCGUGCUGUACAAGUUCACUGGGGAGAUGCGCACAGCCAACGGAGGCUGCCUGACCUCCCUGUCCUAUGAGGAGGUUAUCAACCGAGUGGCCCAGCACAUCCUGGACCACCAGGACAACACCAGGGAGCAGCUGAGCAGUGCGGGUGAAGGUGACCCCGGGGCCCAGCCGUAUGGGACCCCUUCACAUUCCGACUCUCCCGCCUCAGUCUGCUCUACUGGAACCCCUCCCCCUGCCCAUGUCUGGAAGAGAGUGGGUGCCCACAGACACUCCCAGUCCAAGGCGCUGAAUAUGGAGGAUCCCUGUAUCAUCUGCCAUGAAGACAUGUCCCAGGAGGACCUGUGUGUGUUGGAGUGCAGACACAGCUUCCACAGAGAGUGUAUUAAGUCAUGGCUGAAGGAGCAGAGCACCUGUCCCACCUGCAGAGAGCACGCUCUCCUGCCCGAGGACUUCCCUCUGCUGCUUGGCAGAAUCCGCAGGGGUCACACGUCUGCCUUCUCCUAAACACUCCCAGCUACCUACCCUGAACCCCUAUCUCUCCCAAUACUUGAACUCCCAACACAUUGAUUACCAGUAUAUGCUCAAUUCCAUACUAAACACUUCUGACAAAUAUUUAAUGUGAAGUUUUUGGACAAGUGUGAUUUAACCAAUUAUCCAUCUCCCUAAUGUGAUUUAUACAAGGAAUAAAAAUAUAAAUGCAACAUGCAACAAUUUCAAAGAUUUUACUUAGUUACAGUUCAUAAACGGAAAUCAGUCAAUUUAAAUAAAUUCAUUCGGCCCUAAUCUAUGGAUUUCACAUGACUUGGAAUACAGAUUAAACUUAAAUAAAAGGUAGGGGCUUGGAUCAGAAAACCAGUCAGUAUCUGGUGUGACCACAAUUUGCUUCAUGACACAUCUCCUUCACAUAGAG